AUGUUGGAACCGACGAUUUGGGCCGCCACCCUGCGUGCCUGCCACCCCCACUCAUGGAAGGGCCAGCGCAAGGUGCGCCCCGGCGUCCGGCUGGCAAGCACGUGUGGCGAGGCAUCGGAUGGUCCUUCCUUUCCUUUCCUUUCCUUCCUUUCCUUCCACCCUUGUCAUCGUCCGUCCACGUUGAGAAGGACCGGAAAGAAUGACGAGGACGACGAGAACGACGAGGACGACGAGGACGACGAGGACACCAAGUUGCACCGUGGCUUGCUUCAGGCGUGCAUGGUCGGUCUCCCCCUCUCCUGGUUUGUACGAUAA